CGGCCGCGGCGGCUACAGGCGGGCAGGCGGUUCCGGGCGCGCGGCGACCGUUGGGCUUGGCCUUGGCGGGGCCGUGGCGCCCAUGGCUGCAGCCAGCGUGACCCCUCCCGGCUCCCUGGACUUGCUGCAGCCUGGCUUCUCCAAGACGCUGCUGGGGACCAAGCUGGAGGACAAGUACCUGUGCUCGGCCUGCAGGAACGUUCUCCGCAGGCCCUUCCAGGCCCAGUGCGGCCACCGCUACUGCUCCUACUGCCUGAGCAACAUCCUGAGCUCCGGGCCCCAGAACUGUGCGGCCUGCGUUCACGAGGGCAUUUAUGAAGAAGGCGUUUCUAUCCUGGAGAGCAGCUCGGCUUUCCCGGACAAUGCCGCCCGCAGGGAGGUGGAGAGCCUGCCGGCCGUCUGUCCCAGCGACGGCUGCACCUGGAAGGGGACCCUGAAAGAGUACGAGAGCUGCCACGAAGGACACUGCCCGUUCGUGCUGACCGAGUGCCCGGCAUGUAAAGGCCUGGUCCGCCUGGGCGAGAAGGAGCGCCACCUGGGGCAGGAGUGCCCGGAGCGCAGCCUCAGCUGCCGCCACUGCCGGGCGCCCUGCUGCUCGGCCAACAUGAAGGCUCACCUCCAGGUCUGCCCCAAGUUCCCUCUGACCUGCGACGGCUGCGGCAAGAAGAAGAUCUCCCGCGAGAAGUUUCAGGACCACGUCAGGACGUGUGGCAGGUGCCGCGUCCCGUGCAGGUUCCACGCGGUCGGCUGUCCCGAGAUGGUGGAGAGUGAGAAGCAGCAGGAGCACGAGGCGCAGCGGCUCCGGGAACACCUGGGCCUGCUGCUGGGCGUCUUCCUGGAGGCCAGGCCCUCCCCCGGGGGCGGCCAGCCCUUCCUCGGCCAGAGCGAGGGGUCCUGGGAGGGGGGCGGGCCGGGCCUGGGGCCCUCCAAGGCCGCCGAGCUGCUGCAGAGGUGCGAGGCCCUGGAGCGCAAGACGGCGACCUUCGAGAACAUCGUCUGCGUGCUGAACCGGGAGGUGGAGCGCGUGGCCAUGACCGCCGAGGCCUGCGGCCGGCAGCACCGGCUGGACCAGGACAGGAUCGAAGCCCUGAGCAAUAAGGUGCAGCAGCUGGAGAGGAGCAUCGGCCUGAAGGACCUGGCCGUGGCCGACCUGGAGCAGAAGGUCCAGGAGCUGCAGGCCUCCACCUUCGAUGGUGUCUUCAUCUGGAAGAUCUCCGACUUUGCCAGGAAGCGCCAGGAGGCCGUGGCCGGCCGCGCGCCCGCCAUCUUCUCCCCAGCCUUCUACACGAGCAGGUACGGCUACAAGAUGUGUCUGCGCGCCUACCUGAACGGGGACGGCACGGGCCGCGGGACGCACCUGUCUCUCUUCUUCGUGCUGAUGAAGGGCCCCAACGACGCCCUCCUGCGGUGGCCCUUCAACCAGAAGGUGACCCUGAUGCUGCUGGACCAGAACAACCGGGAGCACGUGAUCGACGCCUUCAGACCCGACGUGAGCUCGUCGUCUUUCCAGAGGCCGGUGGGGGACAUGAACAUCGCCAGCGGCUGCCCGCUCUUCUGCCCCGUCUCCAGGAUGGAGGCCAGGAGCUCCUACGUGCGCGACGACGCCAUCUUCAUCAAGGCCAUCGUGGACCUGACGGGGCUCUAGCCGCUUCCGCCGGGAGCCGCCACGCUCCUCCUCCUGGGAGAGGGCUCAGCCCGAGGCCGCCCCCGGGCCUGCGUGCACCCCAGGCGGGCAGCCAGCCCGGAGCGGAGCUCGGGGCCUGUGGCAGCGGGAGGCGGGCCCUGAGAGAAGGGCCUGCGCCGGGCCUGGCUGCCGGGCCGGGGAGCCCCUGCGGGCCGGGCCGGCCAGGCCAGUGGGCCUGGGGGUGGGGAGGGCACCCCGUGUCCUCCGCCCUGCAGCGCGUGAGGGGAGCACGUCCAGCCGCAUCACGAGGCGCGUCGGCCUCCCCGUCAGGCACAGAGCGGUGCUUGUCAGACCCUCGAAUCUCCAGGGCGAGUGGUGUCUGCUUGGCCCUGGCCUUGCAGCUGGAGUGGCCUCUUGCCCUCCGGGCCCGGCCGUGUGUGUCCCCCGCUCCUUGAGCAGUGCCGGCCCCCCGACACGCCGAGCUCGCUCCUGCAGCUGCAGGCCGCCGCCACCUCUCUUCCGGAGUAGCGUCUGCUGGGCGGCUCCUUCUCGGCCCCUGCCCCUGAGAGCAGGGCCGCGUGGGGUCCCCAUCCUGGGCCCCAGGUCUGGAAGAAUGGCCGUUGGCUUCGUCUCUGUCUGGGGCUCUGACCAGGGCGUCGUCCCCGGGCCCGGCACCUGUCCGACGGCGGCAGCGCCCUGGACCCUGAGCCUUGGCUCGCACGGGGCAGGGGGACCUCGGCUGGCUGGGCGGGGCCGUGCUGGCGCCCCUUGGGGCCACCAGCCGCACGAGUGACCAGGACCAGGUGGUCCUGGAGGGCCGGGGUCUUCACAGCCGCUGCCCGGGCCGUCGUUUCUCCUCUGCUCUGAGGGGCUCAGCGACGGAACCACACGGAAAUGGCACAUGUGCGCUUGUCGCGUUAUGUAUGUAUUUUAAUUAAAGAAAUGUCACAGGGA